UUCUUCUUGUUUGGUUUGAUACGUUCGUUCGCAACUCGAAGCGGAAUUGAUGUGUCGCCGAUUGCAAGGAUUCUAGUGUCCCUAACUACUUUUCAAUGGAUUCGUGGAGUUUUUCGGAUAUUAAAUUAAAAUUUGAUAACUUAUAAUGUCGAGGAGAAGAUCUUUUCACAGAAUAAAAGUCAACAUGCCCGUGAAAGAGCCGUCCAAAGUGAAAGUUGAGUUCCAAGAGGACGUACGACGUACUCGUGACGAAAGAAGGCAUAAUGCCGAGUUAUCGGAGGUGCGAUCAUUAAGAGCGACUCGUUCUUGGAAUCGCAAUGCUGAUCACUCUGAUCACUUUCAUUCGUCAGCUAGGAGCUUAAGAAGAUCAGCAAUGCCGGUUCGCAAUGGGCUAAUCUCCGAAAGUCAAUCAGAUGAUGACGAUGAUGAUGAUGAAGGAAUUUUUACCAAAAUUGAGAGACCUAGACGACAAAGGGAAUCUCGAAUGAUGGUAUCACCUAGAGAGCCAAUUCCUUCCACCUCCAGGAACCGCACUAACAGCACUGAAAGAUCCCUCCAGGACUCACAAGAAGGCAUUAGAAGAAGCACUCGUCAACGCAAACUUAAGUAUGAAAAUUACAGUGAUAGCUGGAUCGUUGGAGCCCAAACUCUGCGAGGUUAUCCCAUGUACAAUACACGGGGCGAAGCCUACUCUCAAGAUCUAUCAGAACAAGCGUCAAGAAGUCCAAAACAGCCCGAUGAAACCGAAGAUGGUGAAACAGAAGAUAAUGAGGAAGUUGAGGAGGAAAAAAGACAAGUUCUAGAGCGUCCGAGACGUAACUUGCGGAAAGUGAAAGAGGGAGACGACAGUAGUGAUAAACUGAAGAAUGGCACCGAGGAGAAUAACAAGGAAGAAACUGCCAAUGGAACGGGAAUAUUUGAUCAAGACAUGUAUUCUCGGGUGAAAUCUAGGCGUCCACGCCAAGCUACUAUUUACACUGUCCCCACAAGAUCAUCUCUCAGACAGCGUAAUAUCCAACAGCAAGAUGCUGGUAGUUCUGGCGAUGAGCCGUCAAGUUCAUCUGAUGAAGAAGAAGAGGAGGUAGAAACUAAGAGAGUCUCAAGACGAGUGAGUCGACCAAUGCGCGAAACUCGAAGUGUAGAUGUCGUCAUGACUGAACGUAGUUCUGGAAUCAAAUAUCAUUUAAGGAAAACAAAGCCAGUCGUUAAACCAUUCCAACUACAACCAGCUCCUGCAAAUCGUCGCUCUUCAAGAGUUUUAAGAGUUCUUUGUGAUACUGUGCGUCGAAGACGCAGAAGAAGAUCCACAUCCAGUUCUUCUGAUUCAUCAUCAAGCAGUGCCAUGAGUCAUGCGGGACACAGCAAAGUUCCCGGACGAGGUCGUCAAACUAAAGCAAGAAAAGGGCUAGACAAGUCCAUGAGAGGUGGUGGAGGUAGUGGAAAAGUUAUGGAUGGCAAAACGGGUCUUGUGCACGGUGGAAAAGCAGGUCGUUUAGCAGACAUUGACCCAGUCACUUUGGAUACCAGUAUUCGUUUCGAGCAUGUUGGAGGAUUAGAAAAUCACGUUCGUUGUCUCCAAGAAAUGGUAGUUUUCCCAAUGCUCUACACGGAAAUCUUCAAAAAAUUUAAUGUCAAACCUCCCAAAGGUGUUUUGUUCCAUGGCCCACCAGGUACGGGUAAAACAUUACUAGCACGAGCGUUAGCCAAUGAAUGCAGUCAAGGCCAACGUAAAGUAUCUUUCUUCAUGCGCAAAGGUGCGGAUUGCCUUUGUAAAUGGGUAGGAGAGUCAGAAAGGCAGCUGAGACUUCUCUUUGAACAGGCAUAUGAAAUGCGCCCGUCAAUCAUCUUUUUUGAUGAAUUGGAUGGCUUAGCACCUGUGAGAUCAUCAAAACAAGAUCAGAUUCAUGCAUCAAUAGUGUCAACGCUUCUUGCUCUGAUGGAUGGGUUGACAGAUAGAGGUGAAAUCAUCGUUAUUGGAGCCACUAACCGCAUAGAUGCCAUUGAUCCUGCUUUACGGAGACCGGGACGUUUCGACAGAGAACUGUACUUCCCAUUGCCUGCCAAAAAGGAAAGACAAGAAAUUCUAAGGAUUCAUGUCGAUAAAUGGGAACAACCUCCCUCUCCUGAGCUGCUUGACUACCUUGCUGAACAAACGUCAGGCUAUUGUGGCUCAGAUCUACGCUCUCUGUGCAGUGAAGCUGUGAUUCAAGCACUACGCCGUCGCUAUCCUCAAAUUUAUAAAUCCUCUCUGAAGUUGUUGCUGAACCCAGACAAUGUUAAGGUUGAGAAACUGGAUUUUGAAAAAGCUCUUCAAAGUAUUGUGUCAGCUUCUAGUAGAGUGACAAUCAAACCUGGCCGUAAACUACCAUCUUUCAUCGAGCCUUUACUCAAGUCAUCAUUGGAGGAUUUAAUCAGACAUACACAGAAAAUAUUUCCACAUUGUACUAAUCAGGAUGUUUUGGGUUUAAGGCUUGUUCACUCGCCAAGACUGCUAAUCACAGGUAGCAAGGUGCACAUUAAUCUCUUAACCUCUGGGCUCCUCCAUCAUAUUGAGCAUUGCCCUGUUCAUACAUUAGAUGUCAGUUGUUUGUUCAGCGUCUCCGCCAGAGCACCAGAGGAAGCUAUCAUUCAGAUUUUCUCAGAAAUGCGAAGACUGUUACCAUGUGUCCUCUUCAUUCCUGAAGUCAAUGAGUUCUGGGAUGUGAUUCAACCAAGUGUCAAAGCCGUACUUCUCUCUCAAAUCUACAACCUGGACUGCACUUCUCCACUUUUAAUAGUUGCCACAUCAUCCUCCAAGAAAGUCUCUCAUGAGAUCAGGAAAUUAUUCAAUAGUUACCAAGGUGAUAUCUUUGCUACCUCUAAUCCAGAUUCCAAAGCUAGAGAAAACUUUUUCCGACCUUUACUCCUGGAAAGAGCUCUGAAGCCUCCUCCAAAACCAAAGUUUGAAGAAGAGCAACUAGAAGAGCUUCCAGUGGCACCACCUCCCUCUCCACCUAAACUUACGGAAUCACAGUUGAAAGAUUUAUAUGAUAAAGAAGAAAAUACCCUCCGAGAAUUGCGAAUAUUCUUGAGGCAAAUUUGCACUAAGCUUGCCAAUAAUAAACAGUUUUUCAUGUUUACCAAACCUGUAGAUAUAGAAGAAGUACCUGAUUAUUUACAAAUAAUUCAACAGCCCAUGGACCUAGAGACUAUGAUGACUAAAAUAGAUUUGCAUCGUUAUACGUGUGCCCAGGAUUUUCUCAAUGAUAUAGAUUUAUUGGUUAGAAAUGCCUUGGAAUAUAAUCCUGAUAGGGACCCAGCCGACAAACUGGUGAGGCACAGAGCAUGUUACCUUCGAGACACUGCAUAUGCAUUAAUCAAAGCUGAAAUGGAUAGUGAUUUCGAAGAACAGUGCAAAUCAAUACGAGGUGCAAGGCAGCAACGAGAGAAAGUUGAAAGCUCAGUCCAUGUAGCAGAGUCUUUUGUGCCAGAAUUCGUUCAUACCAAGCCAGUGACUGAAACUCACCCUGCGCUUGCGCCAUCCUGGUAUCAGAAAGACGCUGUGAAUAAAAAAGAAAACGGUCCCCACGCAAAUGCUACAAACACCUACAACUCAAGUAAUGUAAGGAGAAGGAAGCGGCGAACAUCUCUAUGGGCAAAAGGAAUAGCAGCUAAAAGGAAAAAGAUUGUUAAAUCAGAGCCCAGUGCUAAUGAAACGGAAAAUAGUCCAGGGACUCCACCCUCCAAGAAACUUUCUGGUUCCAAUACGAAUCUAGCGAAGAAAAAUAGUUGCUCACCAACUUCACCAGCAGUAUCUGCAGUAGAAAAUUCAAUGACAACUCCAGCUAGGUACCCAACAAAAGCUGAGAGGAAGGAACCAUGUCAGAUGGCAACGAGCACUCCUAUUCACAUUACUCACAGGACAAGGAGUUCCUCCCGAGAACAUGCAUCUACAGAGAAGACCGCAGAAGAACCUCUUGUUAAUGGCUACAAUGAAUCUUCUGAUGAAGAAAUGGCUGCCAAAGAAGAAAAGGAAGGGACAGUGAUUGAUGUAGAGGAAUCAGCAUUGUUAAGUGAUGAUGAUAGUGAAGAUUGCCAGUCUCCUGUUCUCUUAAAGAAAGAAGUGAAUGUCAUCACUGUGUCUAAAACAGCUCUCGGCUUGUUAUUAUCUGAAGUAGUACAAGUAACAGAAGAUGUCGAAUCCAUUGAGCCUUUAAUUUACCUGUAUAGUCAGUUUAAAAAAAUAAUUGGUCUGUACAUUAAGAAAACAGACCGAACCAAUUUAGUGCAGGACUUGCAAGAAGAAUUGCAAAGGUUUGUAAGGUUCUUUGUCACGCGUGAAGAAGAUCCUGAUCUAAAUUUGGAUGAAAGCAUAUGUACAAUCCUAGAAACAUCAACUGCUCAGCAGUGUUAGUGAUCUCUGUUGCUCAAAAACAUCCAUUCACGUAAAAUAAACGUAUCUACUAAUAUUUGUAAAUAUUCUUGGAACUUUCUCCGAAGCGUUCCAUUUUCACCAAAACUAUGGAAAAUAUUGCUUUAAUUUUUCUCACACUUCAUAAUUAUGUUUGUGUAAAUGAUCGUGUGGAGUAUCACUUAAACGUGAGAUCUUACUUUUUGACUUGUGAUCUUAGUCUGUUUUGUGAUCAGUUACUUCCACUGCCAUUUUAUUGAUGGGGGAGUCUCAGUUAGAUCUUCCCCCUAACUAUUUUAUGUAACCUGCCUGUUUUAUAUUCUUAUUUUUUAUUUUUAUGUAUUUGAUGAGAAGUUGGUUACUCAUCGAACAAGCAUGUAUCGUUUUAAUCAAAAUUUUUAUUUUUUUUCAACAUUUUAAUACAAGCUGAACAAACAAGUGUAGUCGAGGUGUUAUACUUUCGCUGUCAGUCACAGUAUGCACUAUGUUCAUUUUAUGAUUUGAAUACGUGCAGUAUUUGGAAAGAUCUUAAAUCUUUUAAAGUUUGUUGAAAUAAUUUUUAGGAAUUUCAUCAUUGCUAUUUCCCAAAGUUUGAUCAGACCACAAAACAGGGUAUAAAAUUAAGCUCCAGAUCGUAUGUCUUUGAAUCGAAAUUGGAUGUAGAAUACAUUGGACGCAUCAAAUAUUACCCAAUUCAACUCAUAACUGAGAAAAUAGCGGUUUUUGUUCACGUUGAUUCACACCUUCCACUCACAAUAAAACCAAAGUCUUUUGAGUCCAAUGAAGCACUUAACUAACAUUUCGGGAUUUUUUAUAAUUGAAGAAUUUUCCUGUGCACUAACUUUUUUUUCGACAAGAUGAAAGGUAUCUUGUGUCAGAAGAGGAAGAAAAUGUGUUCAAAACUGAGCUCUACUUAUUUUUGUAAUGUGUAGGUUGAUUUCAAUGCCAAAUUCGGUCUGCGUUGACUAUUGUUUUUUGUGAGGGGGAAGUUUGAAUUUACUGCUUAUUAUAGAAACAACUAACGUUUUUUUCUAGUUUAUAAGUUGAUUUUUAAAGUUUUAAUUAUGGUCAACUUUUUCUGCAUGCAAUUUUGACGUGAGACAUGUGCUGCAGUGCUUAAUUUCGUACUUUGUCUGGUGAUCCAUUACGACACUUAUUUUUUAUCCAAGCAAUAAAGCAAAACAAAGAGAGAGAAAUGAACAUGCCUCAGAAUUUCAAAGACCUUACACUAUUUUCUCCUAUUAUAGGCAUACUGACCUCAUGCCUCAUGUCAUAAUUUAUUGAACUUGGAGAAUCGAAGAGCUUCCUUGAUGGGAAAGGAAGGUCUAGUGGCAUAGGUUGACGACUAAAAGACUGGAAUAGCUAUUUAAAAACCAUGAAUGCGGGUUGAUCUGUUCAGCCAGGCAGGGAACUUGUUAAUGAAUGAUAUUGCACGAUAGUUUUAAGAUGUGUCUUAGCUGAAUCAACGAAUCAAAUUUUAUUUGGUGAAAAGAACGUUCUUCCCUUGCCAAAAAUCACUAGUUGUUCAUUAUUUUGAUGGAGCAACUGCCACAUAUUUCAUGCUUUUCUUCCAAAACUCUAGAGUGUUCACAGAAUUAAAGAGUUGCCAUGGCUUUGAAUCUCUUAAUAAGUCAAUUUCAGAAGGGCCACUCAACAUUUUGACAAUAGAGCUAUGCUAGCCUGCAUGAAUGAAUAUGGGCCAGUUUUUCUAAAACUCAAAAUGUAGAUUAGAGAAAGGAAGAUGAUUUUAAUGACACUGUUGAUAUUAGUUAAUGUUAGAGUUAAUCGCAGUUCGAGGACCAACGAAUGAUACCGCCUAACUGACAAUUUGGCAAAAAUAAGUUAGCGACUUUGCCGCAUUUUACAGUAUAAAAUAUGCAAGCUGGUGAUUGUAGUUUUCUCCAAUUCUGUAGUGAAGCGCUGUAAUGUAUGAAAAAAUUGCAAAUGUAGCCUUAAAAUUACAAAAAGUGCGAAGUUUUCUCUUUGUUCCGCCAAAUUGUCUGUUUGCAGAUAGGCGGUAUUGUUCACUAGCCAUCGAGUUCUAAUGUACUAAUAAGACUAGAGAUGCCUGCAUUUCAUUUUUGGAGUGAGUCAACUUUACAUUCUGUUCCAGCAAAUUCAGAAAUGCUUUCUUCUCGUUCAUUAGCUUCUUGAUGUAUUUAAGCUUGCAAGGAAGCCACAACAGGUUUGUUGCAGGCAAGCUACUAUAGCCAAGCAAUCAGACUUUCCACAGGUGAAUCAUAAUGGGCAAAUUAGAAAAUUUAAAUCCACUCUUUUGUGCGCAAUUUGUGUAGUUUGUAAUUAGCUCUGUCUGCAUUCAGGUUUACCUUAAAAGAUAAGAGAAAAGGCUUGAAGUGUUUGUUUCCUCAUUUUUUCUUAUGUUGCAAAAACGGAAGCUUUAAAUUAAUAGAAAUCAUACGUUGGGAAAACUUGUAAUAGUUCACAAGACUGUUUCUAGUCUUGUUUUGGUUUUCUUGAGUUUCUCUCUGGUUACUAAGAAGAAAAACAUCCCGCAGACGCAGGAAAUUUGAAAAUGCAUGUUAUAAACUGUGCAGAUUAUUUGUAUGGGCGGCUCAGGAGUGGAUUCCGAAGUUUCUUGACGUGUUAAUUGAGAUCUUUGUGUGAUUUUACCAAUGCAAAGUCUGUUCACCUAGCUCUAGACCCAUUGCCCCACAGAUAAUUUUCUUGUUACAUGAAUGAUAUUUGAGAGUUGUCGCGCCAGACUCAUCUGGAAAGCAGGAAGAGUUCAAGAAAGAUUAUUUAAAUGUUCUCAUUUCUAAAAUAACCAUUUUCUUUCUCUCUUUCUUUCCUGCUAACUCUUGAGAAAUUUAGUGCCCAAAAGCAGAAAAUGUAAGAUAUCAGAGGUAUACAAUUGUUAAUUGACCUAAAACAUUAUUUUAAGAUGGAUUUGAAACUUGAUAUAUAAAUUAUUGUAUUUUUUUCUUUCUACCAGUGGAGAAUGUUACAUCAAUCACGUUUUUCUGAUAGUAGCAGAAAACGUCUACUGUCAACUAGUUUUUGAAAUCAAGAUCUCUGUUAGACCAAUUUGUUCAAACUUGAACCCCAGUGGUACCCAAGUUAUUUUUCAGUGAUGAUAAUUCAAAUAUUUUUCCUCAUUUACUUGAAUUUUUUUUUAUUUCUUAUUCUUCUUAAAAUUUUAGAUUUUUAAAAUUAAUUAAGAUUAUUGUAUCUCGUCACUUUGUGAAAUGAAAUAUUUUUUGAAAGU